AUGGGUCGUCCCCCUAAGUCAAAGAAUAUAAGAUCGUCUUUAUCGUCAGAUGAUGACCAGCGUGUUUCUAUUGAACCUUGUUUUACGGAGGAAUUGGAGACGGAGGCUUUUGAAGAAAGAUGGAUGGAUGAUUUGGAUUUAUUAGAUAAUGAUCUUCCAGAAGAUGUAGUUACUAGCGAAUCGAAGAAAGAUGAUUCAAACGAACUAGAAUCUAUUUUAAGGGAAGGCUAUGUGCCUUCUGGUUGUGGAGAAGGUGAAGCAGAAAUGAUACCUAUACAAUUGUUAAGAUUAGGAUGGGGAUCGCUACAAGAAUUUGAUCCUAGUUUAAGUGGUUCUAAGACGAUUGAAAAGCAUUCCCGUGAAGCCAUUUUAAAGAAGUAUUUUCCAGAAUUCCAGGAAAAUGAGGUUCUUAAGUUUUGUGAGUUAUUUAUUUCUAAAAAAGCAUUUUUUGUUCCUGUUAAGCAUAAAAUGACUCGUACCUGCUUUCCUUCAUGGGUAAGAUUGGAUGUGGAGCAGGAUGAUUCUCAAGCUUUUGCAUCUUUUGAUCGUUCAAUACGGCCAAGAUGGGAUGAUGAGGUUAUAUUUAUUUCUUCAUUUUCUGAGGAGGUAAAUGAGGAAAUAAAGCUCGAUAAAGAGUCUUCGGAUGUUUUCCAUUCGUCUUCGUCAAAUGAAAUGAAUCAUGAUCUGCAUUUGACAUGCUUCGAUUGGUAUAGAAAAGUCUUUUCAGACGAAUUUUCUCCCAGUAAAAAUGUGACGCUGGUUCGAUCGAAUUCAAAGAUUAAGUUUAUGGGAGAGGGGUUUCUUUCUCAACUUCAAAUUGAUGACCGAAUAUUUAAUGGAAAUGUUGAAUUAGCUUCUCCUGUACAGCUUAAUUUUAAUGAUCCUUUUCUUCUUCUUGAUAUUCAAAGGGCAAAUUCUGAUUGUUAUAAACAUUUAACGAAUGAUCAUUUUUUAUAUAAUGAUUUAUCGAGACGAUAUAAUAUAUCUAAUGAUGAAGCUUAUGAUUUGUUGCGUCAAAAUCAGCAAUCUCGUGUUCGUCAAACUCUUGGCCAUUUAUCAAUUGAGCAUGGAUUGGUUGCUGAUCGAUUACAGAGUCCUUAUUAUAAGACAAGGCUUUCAAAGACAGAAUGCCGCUUAUUUCAUAGGCCAGUGAUUACGUUUAAAAUUGAUCAUGAAAUUAAAUUUAGUAAAAUUGGGUUGCGAAAGAAAAAAAAGGAUAGAAUAAAGGAUCCAAAGAUAUUACUGAACACAACUAAAGAUAUUACUCUUAGUGAUAAUUCUACUUACGUAUUGAUGGAAUAUUCUGAGGAAUAUCCUUCUGUUAUUUCUAAUCCUGGGAUGGCAUCCAAAGUUGUUGUAUUUUAUCGUAAAAAAUCAAAUGAAGAUUAUACAAGACCAAAAAUGACAAUUGGUGAAACUCAUAUUUUAGAGCCUCAAGAUCGUUCUCCUUUUUGGAACUUUGGAACAGUGGAUCCUGGAGAGACGGUACUUACUUUGUAUAAUAAGAUGAUACGCGCUCCAAUUUUUGCUCAUGAACCACAAAGUACUGAUUUUUUAGUUAUACGAAAUACUUGUUCACAGGGAUCAAGAUAUUAUCUUCGUAAUAUAAAAUAUUUAUAUGUUAUUGGCCAAACAUUUCCUGUAGUUGAUGUUCCUGGUCCUCAUUCAAGAAAAAUAACAAUGGUUAGUAAAAACAGGCUCAAAAUGAUUUGUUUUCGUCUUUUACGUCGCGAAGAAUCUGGGAAAAUUCUUAUUAAACAGAUGGCACAUCAUUUUCCUGAUCAAAAUGAAAUGCAACUCAGACAACGUCUUAAGGAAUUUAUGGAUUUUCAAAGGAAAGGUGAUGAUCAAGGAUAUUGGAGAUUAAAGUCUUCCGAAGUUCUUCCUUCUGAAGUGGUUAUUCGUAAUAUGGUUUCCCCUGAAAUGGUAUGUCUUAUCGAAAGUAUGCAAGUUGGUCUUCAGAAUCUUGAAGAUGCUGGAUAUGGGCGAGCUGUAGAAGAUGAGAAUAUGGAUGAAACGUGUCUAAGCAUUGAUCAACAAUUAGUUCCUUGGAUUUUAACAAGAAACUUUAUUAAUGCUACUCAAGGGAGAGCUAUGUUAAAAUUGCAUGGUGAAGGAGAUCCAACAGGUUGUGGUCAAGGUUUUAGUUUUAUAAGAACGUCAAUGAAAGGGGGGUUUAAAUCAUUGGAUGAAACAAUGGAUGAAAAAACCGAUGGAGAUAAAUCAAAAACAAGUCAUGGAUAUAAUAUAGCUAAACAGUCAAAAGCUUACGAAGAUGAAAUUGCAAGAAUAUGGAAAUCUCAGCGUAUUGGAUUAAGCAUGACAGGGGAUUCAACUACGAGUGAUUCGGAAUAUGUAGAUUCUCAAAAAGAAUCUUUUAAUGAUAAUAAAAUGGAUGGUGGAUGGUAUGUUUCCACUCCACAGUCUGCUGAUUUGAUUGAAAAUGAUAAUUAUGUAUCUAUGAAUUCGCAAAUGGGUUCUGGUCAAAUUAAUAAAGUUCUAAGAAUUCAAAGAUUUACUCGAAACUCUUCUGGGCAGUUAGAAAGAAAAGUUGAGAUUGUUCAUAAUAUUAAUGUUAUACGAGCAUAUAUAAGGCAUAGACAGCUUAUUGAUGAUGAAGCUACAAUGAUGGAAAAAAUGGGACCUACUGAUGAUGAUGAUGUAAAUAGAAGGCGUAAGAAGUUAUUAGAAGAACAAUUGACACGAUUAAAGCACAAUCAUGAAAGACGGCAGGCUCGAAAGGCUGCUAAGGCUGCUCAAAAAGCUGAAGCAUCAGUUUUGUAUGAAACAUCUUUACCAAAUAUAAAGAAAAAUACUUCAAGUACUAAUAGACGCUGUGGAAAUUGUGGACAGGUUGGUCAUAUGAAGACUUGGAGAGGAUGUUCUAUGCAUGGAAAUGCUGUAUAUAAUACCUCUGGCCUUUCUGAUGACGAACAAUAA